AUGGACUCCACAACUCAGAAGCAGUUGUCUGAACUCCUGCGGUACCACACUUCGCAGACAGGAGAUGAGAUGGCAUCUCUGACCGAAUAUGUGUCAUGCAUGAAGGAAAAACAGAAGCGCAUCUGUUACAUCACAGAUCAGAGCAAGGAGCAGGUGGCAGAUUCUGCCUUUGUGGAACAGGUGAGGACCUUUGUGGAACAGGUGAGGAAGCGUGGUUUUAAAGUGGUCUACAUGACAAAGCCCAUUGGUGAGUACUAUGUCCAGCAACUAAAGAAGUUUGAUGGCAUGACCCUGGUGUCUGUCACAAAGCAAGGUCUGGUGCUGCCAGAAGAUGAAGAUGAGAAGAUCAUGAUGGAGGAGAACAAGUCGAAGUUUGAGAGUCUGUGUAAGCUGAUGAAGGAGAUAUUGGACAAGGAAGUUGAGCAGGUUACCGUAUCCAACCGUCUGGUGUCCUGCUGUAUUAUGACCAGCACAUACAGAUGGACCACCAAAAUGGAGCACAGGCUUUGCGCAAUAACUCCAUCAUGGGAUACACGAUGGCCAAGAAACACUUGGAGAUAA